CUGGAAAAUUAUUUUUUGUUUAGGAGUUUUAACGUAGACACUUGAAAGAGUGGUUUUGGUGGCAAAUUCAUGACAUUUUGGUUGUAAUCUUUUAGAAAUAUAAAGCUGAAUUAAACGAGAUUUGAGAUUCAUAUUUUCUAUAUAUUUUCAAUAAAUAGAAAGCGAAGUUCAGAACAGAUAAGUGUGGGGGCGUUGUAAUGUUUUAGCCCCAAAUGCCCAAUCCAAAACUUGACACUGAAAUCAACUCUCAUGUUCUGUUUCCUUUCUGCACCUUCCCACAACACUCUUCAUUCUCUCUGUUCUCUCACAAAAACCAAACCAACACUAAUGAUUUCACUACUACCUUGUAACACUUUUCUUCAAACAACCUCUUUCUUCAACCCUUCAAAGCUUCCAAGCACUACCCAAACUCAAGCAUGCUUCAUUCCACAAACCAAAACACUGCACAGAAGAACACGAGUGCAAUGCAGUGCAGGAGAAAACCAGGGUGAGAAACGGGCGUUUCUGUCAUUGGAAGAAGCUGGUUUGGUCGAGAUAUCAGGCUUGAGUACACAUGAACGCUUUCUAUGCCGUUUAACGAUAUCAUCCCUGAACUUGCUAAAAGUGAUAUCGGAGCAAGAAGGGUGUCCAAUCGAGGAACUCAAUGCAGCCAAGGUUUGUGAUUGGUUCCUCAAAGAUAAGCUCAAAAGAGAACAGAACAUAGGCUCUGCGGUUCUUCAAUGGGAUGAUUCCGAGUUCCAAUUUUAAUUAUUUAAUACUCUUUUUUCCUUCUGAAUUCACGAGUUUUAUUGGAUUAUGCAAAUCGAGAAAAGGGUGCCACUUUUUUUUGGAUAUUCGAUUCUGAUAUUCUCAUGGUAAAAGGAUUCGGAAUGUUGAUGCCGCUCAAGUAUAUCUUUUUUCUGUUUUUUCUCCACUUCAUAGUUAUUGGAUUACAGUUUCAACCAGUGCUAUUAUUUGAAGGACUUUUCCUCGUUGACAUCAUUAGCUUCCAAAAUCUAAUGAUUCGUGCCAAGUUUCUUAUUCUUUCAGUACGAUUUUGAUUAUUCCGAUUGUGUUGAACAAAGCAAGACCAAGAUGACAACCCUUCCCAUUGGACUCAAAAUAGCAUUAGAAACCUGGCCUGUAUGUGAAUGUUUCAAGUUUUCUGGUGUUUUAGUAUGAUUAAUGACAAUUAACUGUAUGGACAUGUUUCUAGUUAUUUGGCGCCUUGGUUCAAUAACAAUGUUAUAUCAGAUUUAACUGUG